AUGUUUUGGACUGAGGAACACGAUAUUAUGCUAUGUCGUGAAAUUUUAGCAGUGGAUCCUUUUACUGGAACAAAAAAAGGGACAGUUCAAAGAGGGGCCAAGUGGAAUGAGAUUGUUCAUAACCUGAUGAAGAUAGAAAAUCCAAAGUUCAUAGUUGACCAAAGAGGAGUGAGGGAUAGAUAUACUCUUCUAUCACAAAAACUUAAAAAAAAGCUAAGAGAAGAAGAAGAGGCCAGUGGAAUUGACACAGAAAUGACAGAGGUAGAAGAUGCAUUGGAAGAUAUCAUUGAAAUUGAGGAUGCUUCAACAAAACAAGUGGAAUACGAGUCUGGUGUAAAGAUGAAAGAAAUGGAUAAAGAAAAACAAAGUGCAGAAGACGUGCGGAGGAAAGCAAUGGAGAAGUUAGGAGAGACCCAAAAACGAAAAGGUACAGAUAAAGAGAAUGAAGGGCAACCAAAAAAGAGAAGGUCAAAUGGAGGUGACACCCUGUUGUUCUUACGUGAAAAAAAUGUGAUGCAGGCAGAAAUUAAAAAAGAAGAGAUGGAACUACAGCGAAAAACACUUGAGUUGCAAGAAAAGAAACACGAGGCUUUGAUGAAUGUGGUUGUUCAGCAGCAACAGCAACAUAACAAGCAAAUGCAAGACUUCCAAACUAUGAUGCUUGCUUUAAUUUCUAAACUCGGUAAAAAUUAA